GACAGCGGGUGACAGCAGGCAUGGUUGCUGCUCCCCAGCAGCGUGGCAGAGCCCCAUCCUGCCUGGACGUCCGGCGUGGAACCUUAUCGCCUGUGCCAGGCACUGCCCGGGCUCUGCCCUGCCCUGCAGGCUUCCUGCCGAGCUGGCCAGGACUGGGCGCGGGGUCUGCGCCUACCCGAGGGCACCGGGGCAAUUCGACCCUGGGCAGAGGUGGGCAGCACCAUGGCCCCUCCGUGCCCAGGCCGGACCCCCGCCCCGAGCAUCCCUCUCCCCGCGGCUCAGCCCCACCAAGCACGCGCAGAUUUGGCAGGCGCUCACUGCCAGUUGAAGCUUGUUUGCAAAGCUUGCCCGUUUGCUCGGGCUGGGUGCCAGAUCCGGGACCACGGGGCCCUGGGCCGCAGUGCCCCCACCCUGACAGGGAAGUUGGACAUGGUGAGUCCCUUGGGUGGGCACUGCCGUUGCCAAGGUGCCACGGGAGCAGUGGCGCCCGGACUGGGGAGGACGGAGGUUGUGCAAGGUGCUCACGGGGUGAUGCAAGCAGACCAGUGCUGCCCUGCCCAUGCAGCCAGGGUGCUCCGGAGCCCUGGGGUGGUCUGGACCCCCUCUACCCACCAGCAAUGGCUGCCCAGGCCGUGCAUCCCGCACCCAGUCCUGCACCCCUGGGGUUUGUGGGGCACCCUGGCACGCAGAAGCAGGAGCACACGCUGCUCCUCCCAGGGGUGCCAGCCCCGGCACCCGCACCCCAGCUGGGAACAUGGGGCAGCCCAUCCCACGCCUGGGGGGACCAGGCUCAGUUUGGGACAGAGCUCGAUCCUGUCACACACCUGGCUCCAGGCUUGGGGUUUCUGUCAGCAGGAGCAGCCGGGGGACAAGCCACCCUGGCUUAUCAGCACAGGAGGAAAAUCAAACCUAAGCCGCCAGGGAAGCCAGCAGCGGCAGCGGGGCAGCUGUGCGAAGCCUCAAGCACCACAGCCACCCCAAAACUGCAGACUGCAUUGGGCCAGCUGGGCGUCCCCCCAAAAGCUGUCGGCUGCUGUGGGGCUCCCUGGGGCGAGGGCUGGGGUGCGGGCAGCCCCUGCAGGGAGGGAGUCGGCUUCCCCGGAGUGUGGGGAGCGCCCGGCCGAGGGCCAAGCCGGUUGGGAAACAAAGAGGAGCUGAAAUUGGUGCAGACAGGGCUGAUUUGCCGACACAGCUGGGGCUUGCCCAGACGAGAGGGGAGGGCCAGACCCAGCCUGGCUGCACCACCGCUGCGCUGAGGACCCCACGGGCACCGCAGGAGGGCAGAGCCACCCUGGGGAGCCCGGAGCAGCCCCGGGGGCGGCAGGGAGGGGACCAUGCCCAGGCCAGCUGCAGCACGGCCAACCUGAGGACCCUCCCUGGCAUCCUGGGGGCUGCGGGGAGGGGUUCCCAGUUAGGUUGCAGCCACCCGUGUAUCCCCAGAGAUAGACUGGGGACUCCAAAGAUCAACCAGGGCCAGCAGGGAGAGGACUAUACCCAGCCCAGUUGAGACCAAGCCACCCCGAGGACCCCCUAACCCCCCCCCCAGUGCCCCUAGGGAGGGGCCCCCGAGACAUCCUGAAGACUGUAUCCAGGGCAUGGCCAACCUGGGGCCGGUCCCCAGAGCCUCCCGGGGCCUGCAAGGAGGGGACCCCCGGCUGGGACACAGCCUCCCUGGGGACCCCACAGCCAGACCAGGGUGGGUGACCAGAGGGGACGGGGCCACCCUGGGGACGCCGCGGGCCCCUGGGAGGCACGAGGGGGAGACUGGACCCAGCCUGGCCAGGACACGGCCACCCUGGAGCCGGCGAGGCGGGGACCGGGGCUCGGACGGGGCGCAGCCCUGGGGCAGACGGAGCGCCCGGAGCGGCGGGGCCGGAAGCCGCACCCCGGGUCUCGCUUCCCGGGCGCGGCCGCGUGUCCCGGCGGCCCCACGGGCGCGGCGCCCGGUCCUGACCGGAGCCGUUACCCCGGCGGGGCGUGGGGGCAGCGUGGGGGACCGGUCCCGCUCCGGGCUCCCGGGGCAGCGCAGUCCCGGCCAUUUUAGGGCAGAGCGGCUGGUCCCGUCCCGGUCCCCGUCCCCGUCCCGGUCCCCGUCCCGGUCCCGGCGCAACCGCUC